AUGAGGUUGUGCGGCAACUGCCUGCAGUCGGACAUCCACACCCUAAGGCGCUUGGACGCAGAGAUGAGACUCGAAGCCAUCGCCCACCCGACGGAGAUGGACCCUCAGCUGGUCACCGGCAACUCCGACAUCGUCACCCGUCACAGGGAAUCGUUGAGAUCUACUCCAUCCUCUGGCCACGGGCAGCGUGCUAACUCUACCUCCAAUCCCUCGUCGGUAACAUGCCGUCGGUUCGAGCGUACAGGGUGGUGCCCUUAUGGAGACGAUUGCAUCUUCGCCCACAAAACCGGCGGGAAAGGCCACGACGCUCGUCGGCAGCACGGCCGCGGCCGUGGCGGCAACACCCAGAACCAAACCUCCAGUAAGUAG